AUGCCUGCAUUCAAUCAACAGCCUGCUCAGGCUUAUCAAGCGCCUCUAGUCUAUCGACCAGAUCCAGUUCAACGUCGUGUUGCGGCUUCUCCAGCUUAUCAACAAGCACCAACAACUCCUAUUUAUCAACAGUCGAGAGCUCAAGCACCAAGGCAAAAUGCUCAAAACCAGAAUAGGAGGCAAGGGGAGAGGGCGACCUUCAAUCCAAUCCCAAUGUCGUACACUGAGCUUUAUCCCUCCUUGUUGCAAAAGGCUUUGGUGGUUCCUAGACCUAUGGGACAUCCACCUGAUCGUCUGCCUCCAUGGUACAACCCUAAUGCACACUGUCCUUUCCAUGAAGGUGCCCCCGGGCAUGACCUAGAGGGUUGUUACGCUCUAAAGCAUAGGGUCCGUGAACUGAUCGAGAGCAAGAUCUUGUCUUUUAAGGACAUGGGACUGAAUGUGAAGAACAAUCCUCUUCCUCCCCAUGGAAAUCCUACGGUAAAUGCCAUUGAGGAUGCUUCUGUUGGUGUUACGGUUGAUAAGGUGGAUGAUGUAAAGACUCCUUUGGCAGCAUUCCAUGCCCGAUUGGUGGAAGCUGGCAUGAUUAAUGUUAAUCAUGAAAAUUGUGAAGAGUGUGCCACAUACCCAAAGGGAUGUCAGGUGGUACGAGACAACAUUCAAGAUUUGAUGGAUAAAGGAGUGCUUCAAAUAUCCAGUGCUGUGAAGAACGAAGAUGUGUUGGUAAUUGAACCUUGUUUCAAUUUACCUGAACCAGUUGAAAUCCCAUAUUAUAGUGGUGGAGUGGUUCCAGUGAAUAGUAAGCCGUCGCAUGUGGAAAUAUGUAUGCCCAUGCCUUUUCCCUACGAGAGCACCAAGGUUAUGCCUUGGAAAUAUGAGAUUAUUGUUGUGGAUAAGGUUGUUGAAGGAAGUGCAGAUGCUGAAGUGAUAGAAGCUGUAAGUGAAGACGUCACUAAUAUUGCAAGAAUGAGCAGAAUGACCCGUAGUGGUCGAAUCUAUACGCCUGAAUUCAAUGUGACUCCUCAAGGGCCGACCAAGGAAUCAACAGUUGUAACUCCUGCUAAAGAACCCGAAGUGGUCAAAUCCGAAGAUGCUGUGGAAUUCUUGAAGUUAAUCAAGAGAAGUGACUACAAGGUUGUGGACCAGUUGCAUCAAACGCCGUCUAAGAUCUCUAUUUUAUCUCUGCUGUUGAAUCCAAAGCCCAUAGGGAAGCUUUGUUGA